CGCCUGCGUCACAUUACGUAAGUAAUAUUCAUAAGCCAAUCUUACUUCUGCGCAUGCGCUUUCUGAAUUCCAGCUUCAAAACAAUGGCGGUUGACGGUUUGAUCAUAACAGAGCAGUGGAUCAGAGAAAAACUCAACCUACAGCACAGCUGUUUAGCGGAUGUCCGAUCGUUGACUCUUCCAGGAACAUACGAAGGGAAAAUCUGUGAUUUAGGAGCGUCCCUAAAGAACUUCGUUCGUCUGAAAUCACUGGAUCUUUCCCACAAUGCACUGGUCACAGUUCAGGGGAUUGAGCAUUUGGAGAUGCUGGAGAGACUGAAUCUGUACUAUAACAGGCUUGCGUCUCUGCAGGACAUCUUUUCCCUGCACAAGCUGCAGAAUCUGAAGGAACUGGACUUGCGGCUCAAUCCUGUGGUCAACAAACACCCGCUCUACCGUCUGUACCUGGUCCACGCCAUGACCAGACUCCGAAAGCUUGAUGAGUGUCCAGUGCGAGACAGAGAAAGAAAGGCAGCUCUCAUGCAUUUCUCAUCAGAAGCAAAUCUAGACAGUAAUCAUAAGAAGCAUGCCUUGACACUAGACACAGAGUGCAGAAGCAGUGAGCUCAGAAUAAAAGCGAUGCAGAAGAUGAUGAAGACGCUCUCACUUCUCGAGGGGAACGAGGAAGCUGUGAUGUUUAAUGAUGUUUCUAGAAAGAGACGUGAAACUCUCUCCGUCCGCUUUGAGAAGGAGCGCAGCCCUCGUCCGUUACAGAAAACUCCAUCAGAAUCAGAUAUCAUACGUUUAAUCAAUGAACCUGAGUGUGAAAAGGCUCCAAAACAAGUCAAGGAGUCUGUUCCCAAGAGCUGGGAUUAUAAAAAAGAGACUCCAGCUGGUUCUCAGCGAGUGAGGUUUGAAAGCCGGAGUCUGACUUGUGCGACGGUUCGAGGAGAGAGCAUCUUUACACCACAUCCUACAGAGAUGCAGUCCGAUUCACACGUCAUUAAAUGGCAAAACCAGCUUCCGGACAGAGCAAAUCCUGUGGUGCAUCCUCCCAGAUUAACCUACAGGGUCACAGAAACCUCAUCGGCAUCCGAGAGACAAUGCAAACCACAGAAGGGUGCCUAUAGGAAGCCCAUGGAGCUGCUCCUCAGCAUGAUGGAGGAGCUCUGGUCGGGGAAGAAGGAGAAUCAACAAAACCGUACCUUCCUCAUGAAGAUGGUUCAGAUCCUCAGCAUGAUGGAGCAAGAUGUGGAGGGAGGAGAACAGGAGAUACAAACUCUGCAAGAGAUGCUCGAAGCCUUGAAAACACGGAGUGAAUUUCAGGAAAAACAGCAUCGGUCUGAGACUGAAGAUCUCAGACUACAGCUUCAGCAGGCGCAAGAAUCUAUCCAAGCCCUUAACGAACAGAUGAAGAAUGUGCUGGAGGAGAACGUGUCUUUACAGAAACAGCUGAUCAAAGCAGAAAACAAGCUUCUGUCGUCUCGGCUGAAGAAGAUCCCACACAUGCAGGACAGAGGACAGCAGACGGAGGAAGGAAACGGAGCGAAUGAGCCGCAGGAGAGCUAUAGGUGUUUGAUUGCCAGAAAUGAGCGUUUGCUGCAGCAGCUGGAGGAGGCUCUGAUGAACUGACGGAUGCAGAUGAAGAACGUUCCUCCAAUAGACAUCUAGGUUUCAUUUAUUAUAAAUCUGGUAUAUAAAGUUAUACCUCGCACUCUCUAAAA